AGGACAAACCUAAAUGCGUUUGCUUUUCCAGCGGCUACACGUAGCAUCACUGAUAUGAUCGUUUUCAUGACAUUUUACUCGGAAUAAUUCAACGGAGUAUAAAUAUUUGGAAGUGUUCCAUCGAGUUUAUGAGAAUGAAGCUGUGAGACCCAUGAAGUAUAUGAAAUUAGCGCGCUGUUUUGGAGCAGAGUCGUAUUAGUUGCACUAUAUGCUAACAACACAGUGAUCAUGGCUGCGCUGUUUCUGAAAACUCGAAUCAACAGAGCUAUAAACAAACACCUGCUGACACCGGUCUGGACCACAGGAUCCACCAGACAUGCAUCUGUCGGCCGGAUUGAGAAAGUCCUCAUUGCUAACAGAGGAGAGAUAGCAUGCCGGGUAAUGCGGACGGCUAAGAAGAUGGGCGUCCGCUCUGUUGCGGUGUACAGCGAUGCAGACAGACUUUCCAUGCAUGUGGCCAUGGCGGACGAGGCGUAUCAUAUCGGGCCAGCCGCAUCUCAGCAGAGUUACCUGUGCAUGGACAAGAUCCUGGAUGUCGCCAAGAAAUCCUCUGCACAGGCGGUCCAUCCUGGAUAUGGAUUCCUGUCGGAAAAUACAGAGUUUGCUGAACUGUGCAAACAAGAAGGCAUCAUCUUCAUCGGCCCGCCGUCAUCAGCCAUUCGGGACAUGGGAAUCAAAAGCACGUCUAAACACAUUAUGUCAGCUGCUGGCGUGCCCAUCAUUGAGGGUUACCAUGGAGAGGACCAAUCAGAUGGCAAACUUCAAAGCGAGGCCGCAAGGAUCGGUUACCCUGUGAUGAUCAAAGCAGUUCGUGGCGGCGGUGGAAAGGGAAUGCGAAUCGCACACUCAGAAGCAGAGUUUCACGAGCAGCUGGAAUCGGCUCGCAGAGAAGCCCGCAAGUCAUUCAACGACGACGUGAUGCUGAUCGAGAAGUUUGUUGAGAACCCCAGACACGUUGAGGUGCAGGUGUUUGGUGACCAGUUCGGCGAUGCGGUGUAUCUGUUCGAGAGAGACUGUAGUGUACAGAGACGACACCAGAAGAUCAUCGAGGAGGCUCCAGGGGUAAAUAUGACAUUCUGCAUCUUCUGCAUUAUGGUGAAGCCUGUGAUAUAUGCGUGUGUUAAUGAAACCCACCUGGGGUGCGUUUCCCAAAAGCAACUAUGGUCACAAGUUCCGUCGUUACCAAUAUACAGUGAUGAAGUUUCUGCUCAUUAUGAUCCAAUGAUCGCUAAACUGGUGGUUUGGGGGGAAGAUCGCUCAGCCGCUCUGAAGAGACUCAGAUACUGCCUUCGACAAUACAACAAUCUGCACAGCAAGAUCUUAAUAAAUAUUUAUUUUGCAGAAGUGGAAUUAGCUAUUACUUACAAUCCAGAUGGGACAUACAGUAUGGAGACUGGAGGUCAGGUGUUUCAUGUAUCAGGAGAGCUGCAGAUGGAGGGAGACGUGACCUACCUGUGGUGCUCCGUCAAUGGAGUGCUGUCCCGACCCAAACUAGUCAUUCUGGACAACACCGUACACAUCUUUUCUAUGGAGGGAAGUGCCCAGGUGGACGUACCUGUGCCCAAGUUCCUGGCUGGUGUUAGUGGCUCCAGUGCACAGGGUGGCGCUGUUGCACCCAUGACAGGCACUAUCGAAAAGGUCUUAGUCAAGGCUGGAGACUCGGUCCAGAAAGGAGAUCCUCUAAUGGUGAUGAUUGCCAUGAAAAUGGAGCAUACAAUCCGUGCACCAAAAGCAGGAGUCAUCAAGAAGGUGUUCUUCAAAGAGGGCUCACAGGCUAGCCGUCACGCAGCUCUGGUAGAGAUGGAGCAAGAGGAAGGAGCUGGGGAAGAGUAAACCUAGUGAGAUCACACACAGAUGACUGGAAAUCCUGAACUUGGAUAAGUUGCUGCUCAAUACAACGAUCUUGAUCUUGAGAAGCACUACAAAUUAGUUUGGAUCUUUUGAGAUUUAACAAGUAAACUAGAAGCUUUCUUAAGGGCACAGAUAUCUUCUCACCUUUAACUUUGUUUGUGAGGAAUUAAGUCCACUUAAGUACACUUGGUGUGGUUUUGGUCUCCUGGUUCUUUUGUACCAUAAUCAUAGUCAGUUUUUGGGUGAGUGAAGAUUAACGGAUGGAUGACUGUGGAAUGACUUGCCAUCUCCCUAUAAAGUAUAUGCAUUUCAUGAAGAA